GGAGAAGAUGUAGAACAGAGGAGGAGGGUCCAGGGUAGGAGCCCAAGAGCCCAAGAAUAUAGAUAUGAUGAGGAGUCUUGGGGUGAAGUCCGGCCUGUUCAAGGACAGGCCCCACGAAGACGUGGUCUGAGAGAAGACGCCCCAGUCUCCCCAGUGAAGGAGUCCAGCCUCAUCAGAGCGCUGGCUCUUGGCAUAUGGGUCUGGACCAGGGGGUGGACACUUCUCUGUAAAGGGCCAGCUGAGUACUUUAGGUGCUACAGGCCUCUGUCCCAACUGAGCUCUGCUGUUACAGGGAAGGCAGCCAUGGAUGUUAGGUUUGUUAAAAAGCUAAUAAUCUAGUAAAAGAUUAUUUACAAAAACAAGAGGAGAGCCAGAGUUGGCUGAUUCUUGUCACCCUGUUACGUUAGAGUCAGCUGUGUGGGGCUUGGUCUCCCCGCUUGUGAACUCCUUUGGUGGAAAAAGACAUAUUUUGUCUUAUAUAUUCUUAGAUUCCCUAAACAGAGUGCUCAGUGCACAGUAAAGCUUCUGCUUGUUACUUAGGAUGACAGUGUUAAAGCUGGACGGACCGCGAGUCACUCAGUCCAUAGUCAUCGCAUCCUCGUCCUGCCUUGUCCUGAGAUUCAGUAACGUGCUCGAGGGCGCUUCCGUGCGGCACUGGGAAUCUAGCCAGGCCUGAUGCGGAGCGAGUUGGUGAUCUUUAUUUCUCAACAGCGGAGUGAUGGCUGUGCCUUCAGGAACCGCUGCUUCUGACUUUGCCGGAAGGCGGUAGAGGGCGCGUAUGAAACAGUGCAAACAGUAGUAGCUGCAGCUGUGGCAGCCUCGCUCAGUGCCAGGCUCUGUGCUUGGCUCUUCCAAAAGUUAGCUCGUGGAACCCUCACAACCGCCAGAUGAGGGUGGGUACCGUGACUAUCUUUAAUAGGGAGGAAACGGGUACCCAGAGAGACGAGGGAACUCAAAUGACCUCUGGACACAAGUUCACCAGGGCGGAGUCGUGAUACAAACCCCCUCGGUGUGGUUCUGGAUCCCGAUUCCUUGUCUUAGCCACUCAUUACUUGUCCGGCUCACUUCAUGGGAUCCUCAGGAAAGUCGGGUGAAAUAAUGUAUGCGGAGCACUUCUCAAAGGGACAGUGCGACACAUUUAAGGUGAGAUCCUAGGAUACUCGUAUUAAUGAAAAACUACGUGGCUCACGGCACCUACCGACAGCAGGAGGAAGACUAUGGAGAGGGAGAGGACGACGCGGAGGUCCAGCAAGAAUGCCUCCACAAGUUCUCCACCCGCGACUACAUCAUGGAGCCGUCCAUCUUUAACACGCUGAAGAGGUAUUUCCAGGCGGGAGGGUCGCCUGAGAAUGUUAUCCAGCUCUUGUCAGAGAACUACACUGCGGUGGCCCAGACCGUCAACCUGCUGGCUGAGUGGCUCAUUCAGACAGGUGUUGAGCCACUGCAGGUCCAGGAGACUGUGGAAAAUCACUUGAAGAGUCUGUUGAUCAAACAUUUUGACCCCCGCAAAGCAGAUUCUAUUUUUACGGAGGAAGGAGAGACCCCGGCGUGGCUUGAACAAAUGAUCGCACAUACCACGUGGAGAGAUCUCUUUUACAAGCUGGCUGAAGCCCAUCCAGAUUGUCUGAUGCUCAACUUCACCGUUAAGCUCAUUUCCGACGCGGGGUACCAAGGAGAGAUAACCAGCGUGUCCACGGCCUGCCAGCAGUUGGAAGUGUUUUCCAGAGUACUUCGUACCUCCCUCGCUACAAUUCUGGAUGGAGGAGAAGAAAACCUUGAAAAAAAUCUGCCCGAGUUUGCCAAGAUGGUGUGCCAUGGCGAGCACACGUACCUGUUCGCCCAGGCCAUGAUGUCCGUGUUGGCCCAGGAAGAGCAGGGUGGCUCCGCCGUGCGCAGGAUCGCUCAGGAGGUUCAGCGCUUCGCCCAGGAGAAAGGCCACGAUGCCAGCCAGAUCACGCUAGCGUUGGGCACAGCUGCCUCCUACCCCAGAGCCUGUCAGGCCCUUGGGGCUAUGUUGUCCAAAGGGGCCUUGAACCCGGCCGACAUCACAGUCCUGUUCAAGAUGUUUACCAGCAUGGACCCACCUCCUGUUGAACUCAUCCGGGGGCCCGCCUUCCUGGACCUGUUCAUGCAGUCGCUCUUCAAACCCGGGGCCCGGAUCAACCAGGACCACAAGCACAAGUACAUCCACAUCCUGGCGUACGCCGCGAGCGUGGUGGAGACCUGGAAGAAGAACAAGCGAGUGAGCAUCAACAAAGACGAGCUGAAGUCCACGUCGAAAGCUGUUGAAACUGUUCACAACUUGUGUUGCAAUGAGAACAAAGGGGCCUCCGAACUGGUGGCCGAGCUGAGCACACUGUACCAGUGCAUCAGGUUUCCAGUGGUAGCGAUGGGGGUGCUGAAGUGGGUGGAUUGGACUGUGUCAGAGCCAAGGUACUUCCAGCUGCAGACCGACCACACCCCGGUCCACCUCGCGUUGCUGGACGAGAUCAGCACCUGCCACCAGCUCCUGCACCCCCAGGUCCUACAGCUGCUUGUUAAGCUCUUUGAGACGGAGCAUUCCCAGCUGGACGUGAUGGAGCAGCUUGAGUUGAAGAAGACCCUGCUGGACAGGAUGGUGCACCUGCUGAGUCGAGGUUAUGUACUUCCUGUGGUCAGUUACAUCCGAAAGUGUCUGGAGAAGCUGGACACUGACAUUUCACUCAUUCGCUAUUUUGUGACCGAGGUGCUGGACGUCGUAGCCCCUCCAUACACCUCCGACUUUGUGCAGCUUUUCCUCCCCAUCCUGGAGAAUGACAGCAUCGCAGGCACCAUCAAGACAGAAGGCGAGCACGAUCCCGUGACAGAGUUCAUAGCUCACUGCAAGUCUAACUUCAUCCUGGUGAACUGAUUCAGAGCACUGUCCAGGGCUGGAGCAGAACAUUCUAGACCAGUUGUGGAAAAACCAUUUUCAGAAACAAGCAGCUCAGCCAGCAUCUUGGAAACGUGCCCCCCGGGGAGGAGGAGGAUAACCGCGCUCGGCCGGAAGCUGCCGCAUCAGUGACGGAUGUUAGGACAGCGCCCUUGCCUUCUGUGGGCUGUCCACAGCGUGCCUCCCCGGACACAGGGACCCAGGGUGGCUCACAGUGCCUCUGUGGGUGGGGCCAACUGUCAGCACCACGGGUGGCGAGGCACUUGAAUGAACUACUUUCAGAGUCGACUUACGUUUUCGCACAAGUACCUGAUUAGUUGUUAUUUUAUUGUAAUUGUUUUAAUUUUCCAAGAACAGAUAAAAGCCUUUCUAAUGGGUUGGAAGGUGUAGAUCUUGGUGGUGGUGUUCUCACGUGUAAACAGGCACACUCAGGCUCA